AUGGCACCAAGACGCGGGGGUGGUAGUGGCGCCGGAUAUAUGACUUCAACAUGUUCGGGAGCUUUCAUGUCACCACUUGCCCAAGCCAGCCUCGCAUACGAUGUGGUAUUCCUUGUCCUUUUCCUGGGGCUCUCCAUCGCGACUUUCUUCGUUCGCAGGAAGAGCGAGGGCGGAAAGAAAUUGGUUGGCGUACCCUUCGUCGUCGCACUUUUCUUCCAAGUUCUUGACCUGAGCGUCGACGACUAUCUGAAUUUAUCGGUAGCGUCCAACGUCAUGUCCCGCCUGGCUAAUUGGAUGCUGCUCGUCAUCUUCGUCUACAUCCUAAACUCGAUGCUGCUUAAGCAACUCGAAACUACAUCUUCCGGAUCGAAGACCGUGUCUUGGAUCAUCAUUGGGGUCAUGGCCGCUGUCAUGAUUGCGGACUUGGCACUUUCCAGCUACGUUUCGAUAAGCAGCAAGUACUGGAACUUCGACUUUGCUCUCACGAUGAUCACUGCACGAGCCUUCUCCCUCACAGUCGAUAUCUUAUGGUUGAUUAGCGUCAUCAUCUCUGCGGCCUUUUCGCUGUCGAAUGUCUCUGCAUUGAGAUCGCGACGCCUACCCGGAGGCGACCUCAUCGGCUGGGUAACGGCUCUUUAUAUCACCUUAUUCGUCUACUCCGUAUUAGGGAUCGUCUUCUCGUCCUUCUACUUCUGGCCUUAUGAAUCUUCUGUUUCGAAUGAGGCAAUGAUUGCCCUGUCAUUCAUCUCGGCAUUGUCACAAAUCCUGACUUUUGUGACUCUGAUGUGCAUCGCCAAACACAUCUCCUGGAGCCAGACGAUCGAGAAGACCGAGCCAGUAUAUGUGCCUGUUAUGCAGCAGCAAGCGACGUACGCCUACGGCAAUGGCCAGCAGGAUUACUACCAGCAAACGCCGGAACUCGUACAUGUUAGAUGA